GGGGGGGGGGGCGGCCGGUGCACCGCAGUCCGUGGCAGAGGCGGGCAGCGAGCGGCAGGUGGGGACGGGAGCGUCCCCCCCCCCCCCGCCCUCCGGGCGAGAGGCGCUUUCCCUCCUGCGGCUGCUCGCGGCGAUGCGUAAAAGGAGAGCGUGCGAGGACUGAGCCUCUGCAGGAUUUGUUGCCUCCUUCUUGCACUAGUGGUGACCCUAAGGAAUUUGCUAUGGAUGGGGAAAGUGAAGUGGAUUUUUCUAGUAACAACAUAACGCCAUGGUGGAGGAGGAGAUCGACCCCCCAGCUACGCACCAAGAGCAAACCUAGACCCCAGUCUUACCAGAGCCCCAACGGGGUCCUCUUCACAGAUUUCCCUGUGGAAGACAGGGGUACAUUCACUGUGACUCAGCCCGCUGAAACAAUAGUUACUUCUCCAGACAACAGAUUAGUCCAAAGGAGCCCCUCCUCUUUUAAGUCCAAGAUGGGAUCUGUGCCAAAUGGAAAAAUAGGAUCUCCAGAGUAUAAAGCUGUAUCCCCCCAACUUUCUUCUGACCAGGCGUCUCAGGUUCUGAAACUGGUUUCAGAUAACUUGGUAAGUUUUACAGCAACUGGUACAGUAACCUCGCCAGAUGACACAUUGCUUCAUCCAGUGAUGAUUUCCAGUCAAUCAGCACUUAUCCCAGAAGAUGAACAGACUGCUUUUAUGCCAACUCCUGGGUCCUUACCUGGAAAUAUGCCUUCACUGAAUAAUAACACAAUGGCUGUUUUGCAGUUACAAUCCUACCAGCUUUUUAAAACAGAAAAGGCACUUGUGGGAUCCUCAUUGGUUUCCCAGACAGCUCCCUCACAGCAAAACUUAACUCUCCACAAACUGAUAUCUAAUCAGAACCAACUCCCAGAAAAACAGUCAAUAGUUCUGAGUACAAAUAGUCCUGCUGCACUCAAAGUGGGGAAACAACAGAUCAUUCCUAGGAGUUUAGCUUCUGAAAUAAAAGUGACAAACAAAACCAGCAACCAGAAUAUGGAGCCGAACAAAAGGGUCCUCAAGGUCCGUAGCAUGUUGGAGGUGCUUAAUAUGCCUUUGGUAGCUGAUAGUGAUGAAGAGACGGAAGGUAACCUGAAUAGCCCAGGGGCAUUGAGAAGAGGAUUGAGGUCUACUUCCUAUCGAAGAGCAGUAGUGAGUGGCAUUGACUUUGACAGUUCUACAAAUUUUAACAAAAAAAAUAGAAUGUCCCAGCCAAUACUCAAAGCUGUUGUGGAGGACAAGGAGAAAUUUUCUAGUUUAGGAAGAAUAAAGAAGAAAACACGGAAAGGACAAGGGACAUUUGAUGGGGAAGAAAAUGCAGUAUUGUAUCAAAACUACAAAGAAAAGGCUCUGGACAUAGAUUCUGAUGAAGAUUCUGAGUCCAAAGAACAAAAAUCGGAGGAAAGGAUAGUUAUUCAGUAUACGCCUCUGAGAUCAACAUGGAGUCAGCUAUCGGUGGUGAAAAAGAAUGGAUUGUCUCUGACGAUCAGUCAGGAGGAAAGAAAGAGGCAAGAGGCUAUAUUUGAAGUAAUAUCAUCUGAACGUUCAUACUUGCUGAGCUUGGAGAUUCUGAUCCGGAUGUUUAAAAAUUCCAAAGACCUGAGUUUAACAAUGACCAAAACAGAAAAACACCAUCUUUUCUCCAACAUUGCUGAUGUCUGUGAAGCGAGCAAAAAGUUCUUUAAAGAACUUGAAGCAAGGCAUCAGAACAAUAUCUUCAUAGAAGAUAUUAGUGAUAUUGUUGAAAAGCAUACUGCAUCAACAUUUGACCCAUAUGUGAAAUACUGUACUAAUGAAGUCUACCAACAGCGAACGCUCCAGAAACUAUUAGCUACAAAUCCAGCCUUCAAGGAAGUGCUGUCACAGAUUGAGUCCCAUGAAGACUGCAGGAAUUUACCUAUGAUCUCUUUCCUCAUUCUUCCAAUGCAGAGGGUUACACGCCUUCCAUUGCUGAUGGAUACCAUCUGCCAGAAAACCCCUAAAGAUUCACCAAAAUAUGAGAUCUGCAAACGAGCCUUAAAAGAAGUGAGCAAGUUGGUCCGUUUAUGCAACGAAGGGGCUCGAAAAAUGGAAAGGACAGAAAUGAUGUACACAAUUAACAACCAGCUGGAAUUUAGAAUCAAGCCAUUUCCACUGGUCUCCUCUUCCCGGUGGUUAGUGAAAAGGGGUGAAUUAACAGCAUAUGUGGAAGACACUGGACUCUUCUCUAAAAGGACCUGUAAGCAGCAAGUGUACUUCUUCCUCUUCAAUGAUGUUCUCAUUAUCACAAAGAAGAAGAGUGAGGAGAGCUACAAUGUCACAGAUUACUCCUUGAGGGACCAGCUGUUGGUUGAACAAUGUGACAGUGAGGAGCUGAAUUCCUCACCUGUAAAGAACAGUUCCACUAUGCUGUACUCGCGGCAGAGCUCUACAAGUCACCUCUUCAGAUUAACUGUCCUUAGCAACCAUGCAGGAGAAAAGGUGGAGAUGCUACUAGGGACUGAGACUCAGAGUGAAAGCGCGCGCUGGAUUACUGCACUUGGACAGAACAGUGACAGACAGAAUGCAGACAGGACAACAUUGACACAGGUAGAGAUUGUCAGAACUUAUACUGCAAAGCAGUCAGAUGAACUAUCUCUUCAGGUUGCCGAUGUGGUUCUGGUUUAUCAAAAAGUGAAUGACGGUUGGCAUGAAGGUGAACGAUUGAGGGAUGGUGAGAGAGGUUGGUUUCCAAUGGAGUGUGCCAAAGAAAUCACAUGUCAAGCCACAAUUGACAAGAACAUGGAACGGAUGGGACGUUUGCUUGGACUUGAAACAAAUGUAUAGAGUCCCUGAGAUCUGUUUUUUCUUUGCUGCAGGAUUUGCACUAAGGGACCACAGUGGUGGCUUGGUUUUGUGCUUGUUGUCCCACUAUAGCUGUAGCAUGGGAGCUGUGACUCACAGAUUUGUAAAAUCAGUGUGGGGAGGAAGGGCAGGGGGGGAAAAAAUCAGCAGCUCACUGUGUAUCCAGGAUACUUUUAAGUUAAAAGCCCCUAAAAAGUAAAUGAACUUCUAAAGUUCCCAUAACAAAAUGCAGGUGACAUCUUUAGAUAGUUCCCUCUUCCUUAUUUUACAGUGUAAGAGAGCUAACUGAAUCCUGGCCUGAGCAGUAAGCUCUGGGAGCAGCGCCACAUACUUUUGACUUCAUCUCCCUUUGUCUUUAGCUGCUGCGCCCCUUUUAUCAUUAUGUGCUGUUUCCUCACCCACACCUGUUCAACCACACACACACACACACUUUUUUUUUUUCUUGUUUAUUUUUUUAAUCAUUUAAAAACGCCUUAGCUUCCUCUGGCCAGGCUGACCACCAGCCACCCACAAACCUGUUGCCCUGCAAGCAAACAGCAAUAAACUACUAAUAUUUGGGGAUUUCCCACUCCUCAGGGGAAAGUUGCAGUGCUGUAUUGCUAGCACCAGAUGGUGCUGCUAUGUGUGGGGAUAAAUAGCAGCUCUCUAGCCCCUCAUAUGGCCUAAAAUGUAAUCCAUGAGCACACACUGUAUAAAGUGCUCUCUCCCCAAUAAGGCUCCAGAGAAGACGUAGACCAAGUAAAAAGAUAUUCCGCUAAAUUAAGAGUGCACAGCUCUCUACUUUUGUAAUAUCAGAGCAUCCUUCUGUUGGGUCUUCUCAUCUUUCUCCUUGUGGCUCUCUAUCUAUAUCUGUAUGUCUGUUUCAGUGAAGGGUUUUCAUAACAUUAGAUUACCUUUUGUGUUAAUCCUUUAAAACCUUCACUCCUUGGGCUUUCUCUUCCCAAAUGAUGGCUUCUUAUUUCACACACACGAUUUUUUUUUUAAAUGCUAUCAUUUGGAAAGCAGUGAUUAAAGUACCUCUAUCCCAGCUAACAAAGCUAAUGUGUUCUCCAGGGACUGAGAGGGGAAAUCCAGAAUGGUUUUCUGUUGGUCUUUUUCACUGAUGAUGAUGUUUCAUCUAUUCAAGCAGCUCAGAUUUUGUUUCCUUCCAGUGUUGCUUCAGCGUUCAGAGGGCCGGGAACAGUUUUCAAUCAAGAAGUAUGCAGUGAACUUUUGUAGUGUGGGAAAGUAACCUUGGUCUCCAAGGCUCCAGCCUCCAUUCCCAGAACAGACCAGUCUUACAGUAUGUCUACCCUUUUAGCUGGGGAUGUAAUUCCCUGCUCAAGACUUACUCAGGCUAGUUCCCAUUGAGUUAGAACAGUAAAAUCAGAACGUAGCCCCGGCAGUGUGACCAGCAGGACAGGCUAGCCACCCUGAGUACAUGCCCAUCAGAUCUUAGCUUGUUUCAGCUUGUUCUUAUUUUAAAAAAUAUUCUCCAUAAGUAUAAGCAGCUCUGUGCUCUACACCGCUCCUCUGUGUUCCUGAUUGUCAGUCACGCAAUCUGAUUUUCUGUGUUGUAAUUCUCUCCAAGCUUAUCUAAUUCCACACAGUAUUUCACUGGAGUCCCACGCCAGCUGAUUCUGAUAUCUUCUCUUGUGUCGUUUCUCUUACUUCCCUGGCCCUAUUUAUUCACAAAAUAAACUAACCUUCUGUGCUCUGGAGCACACGCAUGCAUGUACUGAUUUGGUGUCUGGGGAGGCUAAGCACAAGCUGAGAUGUAGGAUUUGGCUCCCCCUAUUGUCCAUUAUGGUAGCAUUACAGUAUCUUGUUGAGAAGUUUGCACUUUUAUACAUUUACAGACAUGUUUUUAAUACUCAUGCUGUAAGUUGUGGCUACACAAAAUACUCAGUUACACAGUUGCGUGUGAACACUUUUUUGCAGGGGUAUCUUAAGAUCUGAAUUUUAUCAGUUUGUGUCUUAACUUCCACUCCCACAGGGCAAGGAUUAUAAUGCUGAAUUCUUGGCUUACUUUGAAAAUACAUGAGGAUGUUGAUCUCUGGGAAACAUUCUAUUAAUCAUUUCAUUUCAAUUCCAGUUUUGCCUAUAAAUUUAACUAGGAUUUCAAGAUGUGCUGUUGCUUUCGUUCAAGGUUUUUCAGGGAGAGUUUUUUUUGUUGGGAAAAGAGUGUAUGAGCCAGAACUCCAGGAUACCAUCACCUUCAGUCCUCGUUACAUGUUAAUUACUAUAGAUACAGAAAGGGAAAAUUAUAUGAGAGAGCAGCACUAGUAUUGACUUAAACUCUUGGUCAUACAGUUCAGACUGGAGAAAAUGAGAAGGCCUGGUAACGAGGGAGGGUUUGCAGGGACUAUAAAGUAAUAUGAUGUUUUGUCAACUUUGCCUUCCCAUUCCUAAUUGUGACCUGACCUGCUGAUGUGGAGACCCCAUUGUGCACAUGAUGGUGAGAGAGGGAAUAGCAGAAGCUCACGUUGGUGCUGCUGAACACAUGUUCUCCUUUGCCUUUGAGAGUACCUGUCAAGAGUGUACUCCAAGCAUCACUGGCCAAAUUUUGCAUCUUCAGCCUAGCCUCAGAAUUUCACAGGAGCAACAACCAUUUAAUGUUGUCUGACCAAGAUGCACUUGUAAACAGGAAAUAAUUUUCAAAACAUCUUUUCUGUAACUAGGUGUUACGGUUUGCACACUGUAUGUAUUAUAAAUAUGUUAAUCCUUUUAAGACACAGCUGAUCACUCGGCAGGGUUGAAUAAACGUUAGCACAAAAAAGGAGGUAAAAACUUAUAUUAGAAAAGCUUUCUGCUUGUAAUAUUUUCACUCCAUUUUUUUUUGGAGGGGCUGCAUGUUGUAAUAUAUACUGUAAUAUGUUGAAGAUUUGUAAAUGAAUAUAAUGUUCAUAAGGUAUCCCUGUAACAAGUACACUUAAAAAUAUAUUAGAAAAGCAAUAGUUUUGUAUAAAGUAAUUUGAAGAUUCACAGCCUUGGAAGUUUGGCAUGUGGUUAUAUACCCUUGUGAAUUAAUUUAUAAGUGGACUGAUGAAACAGUAAUGAGCAUAUUGUAAUCUUUGUAAAUUGAAGAGUUUUAUUUAACAUAGGUAAAAAAACUGCUAAUUUUUUUAACAAAUAAUUAAAAAAACUCUACUGUAUACAGCCAGCUCUUUAACAUAGUAACUGAAUGUAUAAAUCCAGAUAUUUUAUUCAGGUUUUUAAAUACAUUGUAUAUAUUUUUCACACCUAGUUUUUUCUAAAUGUUUUUAUAAAUGUUUCCAUUUCUCCUUUUAUCAGAUACAAUUCUGCAGGAAUUAGACAUCAGUGACCUUAUAGGACAACAAUCAAUAAAAUGCUUUUAAAAACUUUA